AUGAAGGUGGAUGUGAUAGCAUGCGGGAGCAUGGUUGUGGUGGAGGGAUGCAUUAUUGCACUGACCAUCAUGGCUAGCACCGCCAUGGCUAAAGGGAUGAGCCCUUUUGUGUUUGUUGUCUAUACCAAUGCCCUUGCUUCAAUGAUACUGCUCCCAUAUUCCUUCCUUUUUCAUCAAAAUAAUAGAUCAGAAGAGACAUGGCUGACCAUAUCUUUUCUCCUUCACGUCUUCUUCCUUGGUUUAAUAGGGGUAACAAUUGCUCAAAACCUAGCGUUUGUGGGUUUGAGUUACAUUGUUGCAUGUGGCAUGGCCAAUCAGAUGCCUGCUUUGUCUUUCAUUCUGCCCAUAAUCCUCAGGAGUAGAAAAUUGGAUUGGAAGAGAUCAGGUAGUGAGGCAAGAUUAAUAGGCAGCCUCAUAUCUUUUGUGGGUGCAAUUUCACUCACUCUUUACAAAGGCCCUACCAUCACAAACAACUCACUAGCGCCGCCGCUGUUAGUCUUCACUUCCACUCACGAAAACUGGGUUGUUGGCUGUAUUCUUUUUGCCGCUUCUUCCUUUGCUCUCGCCGUCUGGAACAUUCUCCAGGCGAAAACUGUCAAAAUAUGCAAACAAGUGAUGAAAAUAAUCUCAUUUUACACCCUGUUUGGGACCAUCCAAACAGCUGCUGUUGCUCUCUACAUGGAAAGGGAUCCUCAGGCAUGGAAAUUGGAGUUUAAUUUUGAACUCCUCAUCAUCGUUUUAACAGGGAUUUUCAGCAGCCUGAUCCGGACUAAAAUUCAAAUGUGGUGUACACGUUUGAAGGGACCUUUUUUUGUGGCCUUAUUCAAGCCUUGUGGAAUUGCGUACGCCACCACCUUUGGCUGUUUGCUCUUUUCCGAUACUUUUCAUUAUGGAAGCAUUAUGGGAGCAUUCAUCUGUGGAGUGGGGUACUACACGGUGUUGUGGGGACAGAUGAAAGACGAGGAGAUGAGUAAAUCGGAGGGUGGUAACAAGGUCCCUCUUCUGCAGCAACCUGAUUCUCAAGUGUGAUGUUAAUCAUCUUAAUGUUAAUUAAGUUCUGAGUCUUCUUGUAUUGUGUAAAUAGAUCUACUCAUUUUGGAAGGGGGUUGUUAUUUUAAUACUGAUUUCAAUAUGUAUGUGAUUGUUGCUUUGUAUAUGGUGUUUAAGUGGACUGGUGGCCAUGCCCAGCCGCGGUUGUGUUUGUCUGUUGGUUAAAUAAAAAAUGAGAAUAACUCCAAUAUUUCAAGUUUUA